AUGCAAGAGCAAAACCGUAACAUCGAGUCCAUUCCACACAACGAUGGGAUUGUCUUCCGAUUCGUAGAUUCGGAGCCUGAUUGGAAAACGGCGUGGCGGUCAAAUGACGCGGAGAAUGACCUCAAAGCUAUCGAGAAGAGGCCAUCUUUGUAUAAGGGCUUCACAUCUCUAAGGCCAUUUGUCGGACUCUGGACAUCCUUUCAGAAAGGUACUUUGCACCGAUAUAAAUCGCUCAGAUGUGAUGAUGUAGGUAUUCUUUCCAUGGCAUGUGCGACGCUAACAUGCCAUCCCAGGAACUGAUAAGAUAUUUAGACCGUAUUAAGCACGUCUGGGCCUCUAUGCUCGAUGGUGACGAAGAGCUUACGUAUAAUCUAGAUCCUGAGACUGCGGAGCUAUUUGAAGUGAGGGCGCCUAAAACAUCAUCAGCCGACAAAGAAUUUAUCACCGAAGCCAUCGAGAGUAAACGUGCAUUUCCUCUAUUAUAUGAUGGUGCCAAAAGGUUGCGACUGUUGCAGAACGUCGUUGCUGUUGAUGGAGUAAUCCUCUCGAUCAAGACGCUCGCCAAAGAUUCCUUGUACCUGGAAGACUGUGCGAAAGCGAUGCGGACACUCAUCGACCCAAUAGAUUGUCAGGUGAGAGAUGAAAUGCAACGCAUGUGGCAUGGAUAUGGGGGAGACUACAUAUUGUUGGAGAAUGCUAAUGGGUUAACUAAAUAUGGGGAUAUGCAGAUGGACAACGAAGAAGAAUUCCAAAUAGCGUAUGUACAAAUGUGCAUGCUUGCUAUGCGCGAUUUCCAUCGACUUACAAGCGUUAUCCCGAAGUCGGAUAAUAAGCAAAAGGUGCUGAGUAUCGGCCCCGACCCACAAUGCCUCCUUGAAUUUGCUAGGCUCGCGAAUGCCCUUGGAUUCAGGUCCAAUGCAAUCACCAGCAGCCUCAACGCUGACGCGGAUCGAGAGCAUGCCAAAAACAUGCUCACAAUAGCUAGACCGCCGGCUAAAUAUGAUUAUGAUCUCGAAACAGAAAUCACAGGCCACUGCCAGCUUCUAACCGGCAUUAAUGACAGGCAACAAGAAAUCCUUAAGCUACCGGUAUGGACUACCACACUCUCGGAUGUCAAGAUAAAACAACGGUAUGGGAGACCGCACAGCCGGGCACUCCAAGAUUGUGCUCCUUAUUUCUUCUUACACAAUAUUUACGAAAUACCAGAGAGUGGUAAGUAUAUCACAGAUUUAUUUGUUAAACGAAGCAUUGCGCUUUCUUUCUUUCGUCUUCCACAAAUAUCUCCUGAGGCCAUUCGUUAUGGCAAUAGGAUGGAGGGUGUAGGCGUCGAUGGUCGUAGUAGAUCACAACAGCUAAGUGACCAUAAUCAGACUUAUCAAGCUAAGAGUCAAUCCCAGACGAGCGUGCCGGUAAGGAAUGAAACUCAAGAUGCCGCAGACACAUCGCAGCUAGAAGAGUGUAGAAGGCAGGUCGUGGAACAACAAAGAGAGAAUCUCUUGUUACAAUAUAAAGUGGUCAGAGGCUCAAGUGAAUUCUGAACGGCAACUUGCCGAGAUUCAGACGUGCCGGAACAAGAUUGAAGAGUUGGAGACCAUCAAUCUUGAUCAGUCACGCAAAAAUUCGCAAGCACAUCUCGAGUUGGUUGAGAACUUGCGGCAGAGUCAGCAGAAAAUAGAGACUCUUGAAAGGAAAAUUGCAGAUCACGAAUCUGUUCGCGAAAUGCAAGUCUUACAAGCAAAGCAUUACCAAGAUCAACAACAGAUGGCGGUUGAAUUAAAGAAAUGUCACUUGGUAAUAGCAGAAUUCGAGAGUGGUAUCUCGAAAUAUAAGUCUGAGAGUGAUAGGCAAGAAUCAGCGGCACAGCAGCUUACCGCAUAUUCACAACGAGUAACAACAGAAUUAGAAGCAUUGCGGUCGAUAAUUGUUCAAUGGGAGAGGGGUGAUUUACAAAGGGCAGAGGAUAUAAAUAACAAAGGGAUGUUUCAAGUCUAUCAAGAAAGAAUUGCCGAAUUAGAGCGGGCUAGUCAACAGCAGGAUGAAUCCCUAAGGAAUUCCAAGCCGUAG